AUGCCUUUACAUCUUCUAGGCAAGAAAUCAUGGAAUGUCUACAACCCGGAUAAUAUUGCACGUGUGAAACGUGACGAGGUUCAGGCACAAGCCCGCGAAGAGGAAGAUGAGCGACUCAUGCAAGAGGUCGAUGCUGAGCGACGGAUUAAAAUAUUACGUGGCGAGCGGCCACCGACGCCUCCACCCCCGCCUCAGCCGUCUGCUGAUACCUAUGCACGAUCUGAAAGAGAACCGAACGAUGAUGCUGGCCGGUAUCGGAAAAGACGACGCCUGGCAGGGGAAGACGACACGGACAGAGAUAUUCGAUUUGCCCGGGAAGAUGCAGAACAAGUCCUUUCCAAAAAAGACGAGCUCUCUCUUUCAUCUCAACGAGAGAGAAGGGAUCAACAGGUGCCUCUUUUAGAUAGCAACGGUCAUAUCAACCUCUUCCCGGAGGGCUCCAGGAAAGCCGAGAAGAAUGCGGAGGCUGAAGCCGAGAAAAAGAAGAAGGAGCGAAGCUACGAAGACCAAUAUACGAUGCGAUUCUCGAACGCCGAAGGCUUCAAGGAACAGGCUGGUCGUCAACCAUGGUAUUCAUCUGGUGCACAGGUGGUAACAGCGCCUGAUCCGAUGUCCAAUAAGAAUGUCUGGGGAAAUGAAGAUCCCAUGCGCAGAGAGCGAGAAAAGAGCCGCAUGGAUGUUAAUGACCCUCUUGCAGUCAUGAAACGUGGUGUGCGACAAUUAAAGGCGACCCAGCAGGAACGGAAACUAUUGAACGAGCAGAAACGAAGGGAGAUCGAGAGCCUGAAGACCGCAGAAAGUUCUAGCACGACACGGAAUCGGCGGAGGCGCUCACGGUCUAUGGACAGCCUAGAUGACUUUAGGCUGGUGGAGUCCGCUUCGAAGGUUGACACCGAGACCGAAGCCGAGACCGAAGCCGAGACCGCUCACACAAGCGGUCCCAUGAGACUUCGGACCGUUCUCGUCGCUAUCGUAGCGAUCGACGUGACGAGGACCGCCGAAACAGGAGACACUCCCACAGGUCAGAAUCGGGCAAAGCCCCUGCCGGGCCAUAACAACCUGUAUUAUGGCAAUGUCUCGUUGGAUGCGCCAUUGGGUGCUUGCCCUCGCGCUCAGGCACUCGAGCUCUGCAGCUCGACCUUCACAAAGUGA